AUUUUGGUGUUUACAAAGAAGUAAUAUGUACUUGCUUCUCUUUGUUUGGUUUUUUUAACAAAAUACCAAGAAAGAAAGAAAAAGAUUGACUGACUUUGUUCUCUUUCUACAUUGACUUGUUCUCCGGCGAAAUUACACCGCCGGCCAUGCUCAGCUUCAAGAUCGGCGGUUGGUUUUAAGGAAUGAGAUUUUUGGGUUCUUGAAUUGGAAUUGGCAUUUUAGUCAAUCGAAUUGUUGAAUUAGGGUUUGGGAAGUUAGGAAAAAACUUAAAGGAGGCAGCUUUUCAUUGAUUGGGUGAGUUCAGGGAUGAGCAAUGGGAGGGAUUUUCCAUUCUUUCUGUUUGGAAAUGGGGAAUCAUGUAUUCCAGAAAGAGGUAUUCAGGCAGAGAAUGGAAUUGGACAGGGUUCUUGGACUACACCUAUACAUAGACCGAUCGCACAAAGAGUUGGUGAAAAUUUAGGUGAAACUCCAAGAAUUUACGCAGAGAACGAAAUUGGGCAGGGUGUUUGGACUGCAGCCAUGCUCGGGCAAACUCCACAAAGGGGUAUUGAAAGUUUAGGUGAGGCACGAAGAAAAUACCCGGAUUUUGGAAUUGGGCAGAAUGGUGUUUCUUGGACUGCAGCUAUCCUUGGAGGGGAAAUUCCAGGAAGGGGUGGUGAAAGUUUACAUGAGACUCUAGGAAGGCCAAUUCCCAUGAAUGAUAGAGUUAUUCACGGCAAGGAAAUGGAAUCAUGCAUGAGAACUUCUAUGGGAAAUGUAGUUGGUAAUAGAGAUUCGAGAACAAUGGUGCAUCAAGUUAAAGGUAAUAAUGGCAGUGUGCAAAAUAGUGAGAAGUGGAAUCAGAUUGCUAUGCCCACAACAAAUAUGCUUUCUCAGGGGAACAGGAACGGUGGUAGCUCUUGGACUCCUGUGACUCCAGUGAAACCAGUCCCUCAAAGAUCACAUGUGGUUGCAGGGGAUCAAGUGGGAAAUGAUAAAUGGGAGGAUUUGGUUGGUGUGUAUAAAAAUUUGUUGGGAGAAAAGACUCUGAAUUUAGAUAAAGUAGCUCAAAACCAUUAUCAACACUAUGGGAAUCAAAAUCAGGUUGCUACUACAGCAAAGGAAAACUUGAACGUGAUCAUGAACCCGAAACAGUACCAUCACCUGGACCAGGCUUCAACUUCAGUCUCAUGCAUGCUUCCAGAAGACCCUGCAAAUUGGGACUGUGGUCUUUUGGCAGCUAUGAUGAAGCCGAAAAACAGCUCGCCUAAUGGCUCAUACAUAAAUGGACCACAUAACCAUAGUGUUCAUGAUCUGAAUUUAACACCCGUUCCAGAGUUAUCUUCUGAAGUUGGAAGUAACUUGGUUGGACCAAACUGUGUUGGUUCUAUGAAUGGAAAUGAACAAUCUCCCAUGAUAAGUGGAUGCAACUCGAAACAAGUUCCCAGAGAUGGAUUGCCGGUCCGAAACCGUUACUGCUAUGACCUUAAUUCACCACCCAGAUUCGAAUUGGAUGCAGUCUCAUCCGACAUCAGUCCAUUACCAUUCACUCCAAUUACUCCAGACACUCAAAGAAGGUUAACAGACAAUCAAUGGGUACCAGCAAAAAACGGACAUGAAAGUCAAAGAAAUGAAGAUGCUGAUAAUCUAUGUAUCAUCAGCGAGUCAUCUUCUGCAGUUUCAACAACACAAAAAGAUAUUUUAGUUUCCGGGGAGGGAGAUGACUUAGGAAUCGACUUAAACAAAACACCCAAUCAAAAAACGCCAGCAAGACGGAAAAAACAUCGGCCGAAGGUAAUUAGAGAAGAGAAACCUAAAAAAAGUGCAACUCCCAAAGAUCCCAAAAACAAGACUCCAAGUGACACCCCGGUAAAGAGAAAGUACGUGAGGAAAAAUCAACUGGGAAAUGGUGUUGAAAUAAGCCCAAAUAGUAAAAGAAAGUAUGUGCGGAAGAAGGGUCUUGACCUCUCAGACAGUAAGCAGAAAACCCAAGUAAACGAGCCUACACCACCAAUCAUUGAUGCUCCUGUGAAAUCAUGCAAGAAACAAUUGAACUUUGACUUGGAGUGUGAUGUGAGGGACGUGAGUCAAACAACUGUCAACCAAAUUAUUAAUUCGAACGAUAAUCCCCAAGAUAUAGAACAAGAAAGAAGGAUCAACAGCAUACUCGAGAGAUCAGCUAUGAAUGUUGCUCAAAAGAACAUGUAUGCGGGUGUUAUCAAUAACCAAGAAAACUUGAGAACCCAUAUGCAAGCUGGGAACCACACACCAAUGGCUAAAGCUCCAAACCAUGCUAUGAGUGUGCUUGCAAAAAACUUGAUCAUAAAAAACACGGUCUCAGGUCAAGAUAUCUGGAGAAAUGGAUAUGAUUACUUGGCUCAACGUGUUUCAAAUCUUGAAGGAAGGGAACCUGGCAGUCAAAUGAGUAUGUUCGCAAGAAAUUUGAUCAUGGAAAACUCGUUCAUGGGUCAAGAUAUCUGGAGAAAUGGAUAUGAUUACCUGGCUGAACAUGUUUCAAAUUUUGAAAGAGAAUCCAACAGUCAAAAGGUAAACGUAGAAGACAGAAGAGGCAUCAAAAGACCACCUCUUGACCAGUUGAAUCCCCGUAAUCUAAAUGCCAUGGAAGCUGUCCAUAUGUCUCAGAAACUGAUGGUAGAGGGUCAUAGUUGUUUUGAGCGUAGCAAUGACUUCAACAGAAUGUUGGAAAUUCACAAGAAAACAAAGAUGCAAAAUAGCUUUUGUACCCCAUAUCCUGAAGAUAGCUCAAGGGAAGAACCAAGGCAGCCUGAUGGUACUAAUGGGAAUAUAUCAGCUUCGCAAUUAGUAAAUGCUCAUAUGGGGCGAGUUAAUUCAACUUAUCAGACUAAUCAACACCAUUCCCAGCCACCAAUGGCAGUGACACAGAGCUUGCAGAAGCAACCAAGAUCAUCUGGAAUGCAGCCAAUUAUAGAAAGAUCAGAAAGAUCCACUCAGGGGCAUGGCAUUAACUCAAUGACGGCAAUGGUUAGCUGGAAGCAGCCACCAGCUACUUCACCAAAUUCUAGAUCUGCUGUUGUAUCGUACCCUUCUACUUUGGUAGAGAAGAAGAGGACCAGAACACCAAAUUUAUCUAGUCAAAGGUCAAAUGGAGCUGAUAAAAUGAAGUCUCAAAACCAUAAAGAUGGCUCUGAAGUUCAGCAGAUAUCUUUCACAAAAACGAAAGGCAGAAGAAAACCGAAAGGGAUGGUUUCAGUUGAGGAUCUUGCAUGUAUGUUGGGUGCGCUUUGCAUCUAUGAUGAGAACGACAAAAACAAGAACGCUCUGGUUCCAUACAAGGGUAAUAAUGCCAUUAUACCAUUUGAGCCUAUUAAAAAACGAAAACCAAGGCCAAAAGUGGACCUUGAUCCUGAGACAGAUAGACUCUGGAGACUAUUAAUGGGUAAGGAGGGGAGUGAGGACACAGAGACACUAGACAAAGAUAAAGAAAAAUGGUGGGAAGAUGAAAGGCGAGUGUUCCGUGGGCGAGCUGACUCGUUCAUUGCCCGCAUGCAUCUUGUUCAAGGAGAUAGACGAUUCUCACGAUGGAAAGGAUCCGUAGUUGAUUCAGUCAUUGGCGUGUUCCUCACACAAAACGUUUCAGAUCAUCUUUCAAGUUCGGCCUUCAUGUCUCUUGCCGCGAAAUUCGCCUUUAAGUCAACAAGCACCAUUGAAAUACCCAGCCAAGAUGACACACGUGUACUAGUUGAAGAGCCGACUGAAGCAGUGCUACCAAGUGAUACCAUGAUAGCUCAUAAUAAUAUAGAAAGGCAGCCUGUAUUCAACCUAAGCUCCUUUGCAUCCUGUGAAUCAUAUGAGUACAGAAGACAUCAUAACAUUUCAUCAACAAAAUUGGCAGCAUAUCAACACAACAAGACAUCAGAAGAAGUGAUUUUGUCACAAGAUGCCCUUGAUUUGUCUACAAUCCAAACUGUUGAUGAAACUAGAUCUAGCUCGGGGUCAAAUUCAGAGGCAGAAGAUCAAACAGUGGGGUUUGAAACCAUCAAAGUGCCCAGCCCAGUAAAGACCCUACAGCCAGAGAGGGUUAGUGUGUUCAGAGAACUUUUUAGUCAUGUCAGCCAAGCACCACGCACAAAUGAUAGGUCACAAUACAUGCAUCAUUUACUGAAAACGCCAAAGCAAACUCCAUCUAGUGGAGUUGAUAUAACUAUGAGCUUGCAAAAUGUAGGUUCCCCUGGUUUUGGGUUGUUAAGAGAGAACAUAUGGUCACUGAAGUCAGGAACUACUGACAUAUAUGAUGCAAGUUAUUUAACUUGUCAACAAAAUAAUAUGUCAAGGCCCCAAGUACAGCCACAAGACCCACAAUACGAUUUCCUUAGCAAUCAUCAAAAUAACUUCCUGCGAGAGUCUCAUACGGUUGGAGUUCACCGUUUAAAAGUAAACCAACCACCAGAUAAAGUAGAAGGUGCCCAAAAACAAGACUCCUGUAGCGAGAACAGGGUAACUACGGUAGAUAAGCAGAACUGUGUUGAAGCAAGCUCAAAGAAGCAGAACAAUGAUUCUCAUGAUCUGUUAGACAGGCCAGACAAAAAUAUGCCUAAUGGCAAAAAGGGAAAUGCUGAAGAUGAAAAAAAGAAGGCAUUUGAUUGGGAUAGCUUGAGAAGGGAUGUGUUAUUGAACUUUGAAAAAAGAGAACGGAGCAAAGAUGCAAAAGACUCCCUUGACUACGAGGCAUUGAGAAGUGCACAUGUAAGCGAAAUUUCAGAUGCUAUAAGGGAACGUGGAAUGAACAACAUGCUGGCUGAUAGAAUAAAGGACUUUCUUGACCGGCUGGUAAGAGACCAUGGGAGUAUUGACCUAGAGUGGCUGCGAGAUGCACCGCCAGACAAAGCAAAGGAUUAUUUGCUAAGUAUUCGAGGAUUGGGGCUGAAAAGUGUGGAGUGUGUGCGUCUAUUAACGCUUCACCAUCUUGCUUUCCCGGUUGACACAAAUGUUGGGAGAAUAGCAGUUAGACUGGGGUGGGUCCCUCUCCAACCACUACCUGAAUCACUCCAAUUGCAUCUCUUGGAGAUGUACCCAGUGUUAGAGUCAAUUCAGAAAUAUCUCUGGCCUAGACUGUGCAAGCUGGAUCAGUUGACAUUAUAUGAGCUACACUAUCAAAUGAUCACAUUUGGAAAGGUUUUUUGCACGAAGAGUAAGCCAAACUGCAAUGCAUGUCCUAUGAGAGCAGAGUGCCGACACUUUGCAAGUGCUUUUGCAAGUGCACGCCUUGCCUUGCCAGGACCAGAAGAGAUGAGAAUGGUGGGUUCAGAUGCACCAUAUGCAACACAUACAACCCCUCCCGUGAUCAGUAGGCCAAUGCCAUUACCUCCAGCAGAGAAUAACUACAGUAAAGAUGCACAGUUUUUGUGUGAACCAAUAAUUGAAGAACCAAAAACGCCAGAGCCUGAAACUGUAGAGUUAUCAAUAAGUGACAUUGAGGAUCAGUACUACGAUGACGAUGAUGACAUCCCAACUAUCAAACUUGACAUGAAUGAAUUCACCAUGAACUUACAAAAAAUGCAAGAUAGCAUGGAAAUUCAAGGAGAUAUGUCCAAAGCAUUAGUUGCAUUGAAUCCACAAGCUGCCUCCAUACCUACACCCAAAUUGAAAAAUGUUAGUCGACUACGGACUGAACAUCAAGUAUAUGAACUUCCAGACUCCCAUCCAAUUUUAGAAGGGUUGUACAAAAGAGAACCCGAUGAUCCAAGCCAUUACCUUCUAGCAAUAUGGACACCAGGCGAAACUGCCAAUUCCAUGCAACCUCCUGAGAGAGGAUGUGAGGCCCAAGAGUCAGGCAUGUUAUGUGAUCGAACAACCUGCUUCUCUUGCAAUUGCAUAAGAGAAGCAAACUCACAAGUGGUCAGAGGAACUAUUUUGAUGCCAUGCAGAACAGCAAUGCGAGGAAGCUUUCCGCUCAAUGGCACAUACUUCCAAGUUAACGAGAUGUUUGCUGAUCAUGCAUCAAGCCUGAAUCCAAUAGAAGUUCCACGAUCAUGGAUUUGGAACCUACCAAGAAGAACAGUGUACUUUGGGACUUCCGUGUCAACAAUCUUCAAAGGCCUGACUACCCAGGAAAUUCAGCAAUGCUUUUGGAGAGGAUUCGUUUGUGUGAGAGGCUUUGAUCAGAAAACACGGUCACCUAGACCUCUGAUGGCAAGAUUGCACUUUCCAGCUAGUAAAAUAGUCAAGACAAAAAAUGACGACAAAUAGUUCAAAGCAAAUGCGGUCAACAACUAACAAAUUGUUGUACAUUCAUCUAUCGAUCUUUUACAUUACCCGUGACCUGCAUUUGCAUGUAACUUAGACAGCAAAGAGAAGUUGAAUGAUAACGGUCUCAUCCAGAACCACCUGCCGUUAGUUGAUACAAGAUUUCUGGUAUAAUUUCCUUUUCUAAUCCUCCAAAACAAGCCAUUUUUUAUCAGUUAGCACAUUACAGAAGAAAGAAGAGAGAGGUUAGUUGAGCAGUAGCAAUUUUUCAUUUUUCUGAUGCACCUAUGUAUCUUUGAAUAACGUUGAAAUAAUAUAAUCUAGCAGAAGCCAUUGCUUCAACAUUAGGUAGCACUGUAGCAUACAAAAACAUUGAUUGAAAACCAUCAUAAGUUAUCAAAAAUGAUAUCAUAUACUCUCUUCUUUA